AUAAUGACGAAAUAUAGUUAUCCAUACGAAAAACACUACGUAACAACUGAAGAUGGCUAUAUUCUAGAAAUGUCCCGUGUUUUACCUCGUUUAUACAACCAAAACACCAAUACAUCUAUUCCAUUUAAAAUCUAUCCAAACUUAAUGGCAAAAUCACCUGGCGAGCCGGUUCUUCUCAUGCACGGAUUAAUGUGCAGCGGAAGAGUUUUUGUUUCGCAUGAUGCUGACAAAGCUCUUGCUUUCAUCCUAGUCAAUCAUGGAUAUGAUGUUUAUCUUGGCAAUGCCCGAGGAAAUACCAAUAGCAGACGACAUGUCACAUUAGAUCCUGAUUUGGACGCCAAAGAAUUCUGGGAUUAUUCUUUACAUGAAAUUGGUGUCUUGGAUCAAGCUGCCAUGAUAGACUACAUAAUAGCAUUGACAGGAUUCAAUCAAGUGUCAUUUGUGGGACACUCACAAGGAGGCACUACGUUUCUUACCAUGACAGCAGGAAGACCAGAAACUAACGCAAAAAUUAAAAUUGGGUUUAGUUUAGGAGGGCCGGGGGUAAUGAGGUAUACACCGAGUAUAUUGGCAAGAAGAAUUUCGAGUUAUGAGAAGGAAUACUUAGCAAUGGCUAAUCGAUUGGAAAUCUACGAGGUUCUAAAAUAUGCUCCAAUAUUUAGAGACUUGGCGAAGAUUUUAAUUGAUGAAGAAUUCGGAUUAAGAAACAUGAUAAGCCAAGUUUUAAAUGUUAUUAAUAUUAUUACCACAUAUAAUAUGAAUAUUGAAAUAAUGGCUGUUUUAGCAAGUGCAUGCCCUGCUGGAACCUCAGUCCAUCAAUUUAUACAUUAUUUUCAAAGUAUAAAGAAUGGCGACUUUAGAUUUUUUGACUAUCAUGAUAAAACCAAAAAUUUAGAAAAAUACGGAUCUGAAAUUCCUCCUCGCUACAAUCUUUCGGCGAUAACAUGUAAAUCAAUACUAUACUACAGUAAAGAUGAUUUCUUCAUUCAAGAAAAAGAUACGUUUCUUAUGAGUAACCAAAUGCCUAAUGCCAUUCCAGUGGAAGUUAAAGUUGACAAAUUCAGCCAUGCUGAUUAUAUGUGGGCGCGUGAUAUCAACAACAUCUUGUUUAAAGAUUUGCUGUGGCGAAUGAGAAAUGCGUAAUUGCAAAUAUAAAUAAAUAAAACAGUUACAAUUUUGUUAGAAUGUGUCAAUGCAAAUAUAAGACAGAUAUUUUUUAAAUUUGUGACGGUGUAAACAGUCAAUUAGUAAAUAGUGCAUAAUUAAUUUGCAAAUAUUUGAAACUUCAAGCGUCGUUGGUCUUUCUCUUGGAGUUAGAAUUUGUAUAAAUUCACUUACAGAGUAAAAGAGAAACUGUGAAGUCAAUUUGUAAACGAAUACUUUUAUUAUAAAUUAUAUUAAAAUUUUAAUAUAAAAAUGUUAAAAAUGGUUCUAUUUGUGAUCGCUAUAUUUUCAAUGAUUGCAAAUAUGUUUUGCAUGCCUUUCAAUUCAAAUGAUUAUAGUGAUGUAGAUAUUGAUGAAAUUAGUGAAACUGCCAAAGUGUCUACAUGGCAAGCAUUUUUACAAGAUAUAUUUUCCUCUGAUAUUGUAGAUGAAAAUAAUAAUUUUACAAAUUUAAAAACCAAAAAUACGACCGACUCUACACUAAACACAGUAAACGAUGAAAUUACCACAGAUAACGUAAACGACAGAAAAAGAUAUGAACAUUAUCUUAAUUAUUAUUUCUAUCCUUCUUAUUGGAUCGAUUAUAAACCGGUAAAGAAACCUACUAAACGACCUACAGCAUCAAAACCUACCAAAAAGCCACAAAAACCUCAUAAACCAACAAAACCAACCUGGAUUUAUGCACCAAGUUAUCCAGCUUGGUAUGUUAAUGCUACUUUUCCUGCUCUUACAAAAACAAACCAAGAAUUUAAAAACCAGUAACAUUUUAUACCAACUCCAACCAUUAAGUUCGAUGUCAAAAUGGAAAUACUUUCAUUGAAACUGCCUUUCGAAUACGAUUAUCAAAUACAUGAUAAACGUGUCAAUGCUUAUGAAAAAAAGGUGUUAGACAAAUUCGACAGCUUUGACAAAUAUACACAUUUUAUAGUUAAGUUAUUUAAGUUAUAUAAUUGAUUCUUUUUUAUAAAUAAUUUAAAAAUUGCAAUUUUGCAAUGAAAACUUUUUGUUUUUCUAUGACGUGAGUAAAACUACUCAGUACUAUCGAUUUCAUAAUAAACUAUGCAUGUAGUAAGAAAAAAACACCUUAUCCAAGGUAUAAACAAUAACAAUUCAUGCUAUUUAUCAAUUGACAUGUAUAAAUCCAACUUGAACAACGCCAAUUCGAUAAAACCGCAUUCUUAAGCUUUAACAAUUUGCGCAGUUUAUCGUCAAUCACGACAAUGACAAAUUUGUAUAAAACCAAGUAAAUUUCUAAAACAACUCAUUUAGUUUACACUUUGAUCAUCAUGAAGUAUUUUCAAUUUGUUGUAUGUGCACUUUUGGUGCUUUUUGCCUUUGCAUCUUGCGAAAGUCAUAAACACCACAAAGCCCAAUCUAAAGCGAAAGUAAUCGAAGAAAACAAGUAUUUAGCAAAAGCAAGAAAAGGUAAUAAACAAGGACAAUGCCAAAUGAUUUGUGAAGGAGUAGAUCCACCUCCAGGAAAAAAUGUAACCAAGUAUCCCGACGGUUCAUGGUCCUACAUAAUUCAAGUUGAUAACAAUUUCAAUAUUCACAUUGGCUACAAUAGAUCCACAGAUUUUCUGGCAAUUUUCAACCCGCAUCUUAACUUAACCUGGAUGACAAAUGGCAAAUUUAUCGGCGUCUUUAAUUUAACUUCAGAAUAUCUCUUAUUAGUAGAUACAACCAGGAAUAUUUUAAACAUCUUCCCAAAUAUAAGUUUACAAUUAUUGAGUGGCUCUCUUGAUAUAAUGAGACUAUUUACACUUCAAAGCAAUUUAUUACUAAAUAAUUCAUUGAACAUGGUUGCAAGAUUUGCUUUCCAAGUUGAUGGCUUCUUAAAAUCAUUACGUGAAAGAACUUUAACUGGUUUCUUCCAUGGAAAUCUCACAGUUUUCAAUGUUUUUAACGUUAACUUUGGUUUCUAUAUGAAUAGUUCUGUAUCAAUGGAUGGUUUCAACACAUUUAUGCAACCUAUUGUCGGCAUUGGAAAAUUCCGCACACAAAUCGUAAACAACAUCGGUGCGAGUAUUGAAUAUGGAGGUAAAUUGACUAUCGGUACAGUGAGUUACAUUUUUGUUGGUUUGGGAAGAAUUACCAUCGAUAUAAACAAUUCAAUCCGCGCUGCAAUUAGACACUCAAUCAAUUCAAGUAUCAGUAUUGGGAGUAGUUUGAUUGGAGGCGCGGUUAGACUACCAGGAUCGUUGUUCAAUAUAAUAAGAGGAACGAUUCAUAUUGAAGGAGGUGCAGGUUUUCAUAUUUCAACAGGAAGCAACAGACAUAAUGGUUUCCUGAUUAAUUUCGGCAAUGAAACUGGAAAUUAUAGUAUAAAUUAUAAUGCAACACAUAAUACACUUGGGUUUUACAAUGGUAACCUUAAAUUAGUGCUAAUUGCAGAUGGUAAUAAUGGAAUGUUUAUGAUUUUGAAUGAGACCUCUUCGGCGGGUUUGAUUGUAAAUUCAACUGGGUAUGGUAAACUUUUAGUUGAUAUUGAAGUUGACUCUGAUGCUGAUGGUGAUAAUUUGGAUCUUGUAUCACGUUUUGCUAUUUAUGCAAAAUUAUUGAAAGAAAAUGAAGAGAUUAAUCCGUCAGAUGAUUUGUCGUUUGAUUUUAAAGCAUAUUUGAAUGCAUAUUUAGAAGGUAAUGAUUAUUUUGAGAAUGAAGAGGAUGCUGAGUUGCAAGUGGAAUUAGAAGAGAAUUUUGGUGAUUUAUUCGCUUUUAUAAGAGAUAAUAAUGGCGCUGAAUUAUUUGCUAAAGUUGGGAUUUCUAUUAUGUUUAAUGCUGUGUAUGGCGAUAAUGUGAUUGGAUUGAAUUUUGCGCAAUUGAUGAAUACAAUAUACGCAAUUGACGCGAAGAACCGUGGGGAAUUUUCCGUGAAACUUAUGAAAGAAGUUUAUGCUAGAGUGCAAAGUAAUAUCAAAGCUGGAAGUAAAGGUUUUACUAAAUAUAUUUUUAGUGGAUUGUUAAAAGGCUGUAUCAAAGGAUCUUUUCAAUUUAACGGUUUGUCAGGAUCUGUUGGAUUAAGCGGAAAAUGUUAAAAUUGAUAAUUGAUUGUUGAAAAUUAAUAAACAUAAAUAUACACAAAUAA